AUGAAAAAACCCAAGCGAAAAGUGAAAACACAUGCUGUCAAGCUGAUAGUGGCUUUGAGAUCUUCAGUUACGUUUGGCAUCUCCGUUCACGGCCUUUGGUCUAGUUCUGAUCCAAAAGCUGCUUUGCUGUGUAACAUCUGCAUACGCAGCAUCUUCACUGAAAUGGAGGCUCAUGAAAGACUCGAUGUAGACACGUCAUAUAAUAAAACACAAGAGACUCAACUCAGUAUAUGUGUUCAGGAGAGAACGACGCUGCGCUACGAGGAGCGAAUCACAGAGCUGCACAGCAUUAUCGCAGAACUCAACAAGAAGAUAGACCUGCUGCAGGGAGCCACCAUCAGGGAGGAGGAUGAGCUUUCCGAGCUUCGCUCCGAUCUCAGUCACAGCCAGCAGGAAGUUAACGAGGACGACCGGAGCGUCGAUCAGGACCCCGACCAGGCGUCCAUCUCACUGCCUGAGAACCAGUCCACGCUGGUCACUGCAGACAUGGAUAACUGCAGUGACCUGAACUCGGAGCUGCAGCGGGUUUUGACGGGGCUGGAGAGCGUCCUCUGCGGCCGCAAGAAGAGCACAUGUAGCCUGUCCGUGGCGGAGGUGGACAGACACAUCGAGCAGCUGACCUCCGCCAGCGAACACUGCGAUCUGGCCAUCAAGACGGCGGAGGAGAUUGAGGGCGCUCUGGGCCGGGACUUCUACCCCAGUCUGUGUGAGGAGCGUGUGCGCUGGGAGAAGGAGCUGGCUGGACUCCGGGAGGAGAACGAGAGCCUGACGGCGAUGCUGUGCAGUAAAGAGGAGGAUCUCAACCGCACCAAAGCCACCAUGAGCGGCAUCCGAGAGGAGCGAGACCGCCUGCGCAGACGCGUGAGUGACGCUACCCUCAAACCACGCAUUAAAGGGGUGGCGGAGCGAGUGAAGCUGUCGAAAACGCGCUCCGAAUCACUCCCAGCGGAGAGAUCCGUCCUCGGCUCUGAAAUCAGCAGCAUCGGGGUGUCCAGUAACGUGGCUGAACACCUGGCUCAUUCCCUUCAGGACUGCUCCAACAUCCAGGAGAUCUUCCAGACGCUCUACUCGCACGGAUCCGCCAUCUCCGAGAGCAAGAUCCGCGAGUUCGAGGUGGAGACGGAGAGACUCAACAGUCGUAUAGAGCACCUGAAGUCUCAGAACGAUCUGCUGACCAUCACGCUGGAGGAGUGUAAGACUAACGCCGAGCGGAUGAGUAUGCUGGUGGGGAAAUACGAGUCCAACGCCACCGCGCUCAGACUGGCCCUGCAGUACAGGUACACACACACAAACCACCUAAACACACUCACAUUCUGCUCGCGCUGCUGAAGACUGUUUCCGCUUCCUUUAAGACGGUUAAUAGCUUUCAGUGUCGUUAUUUGAUAAAAGCAUCAGAGGUGGUGUGACCUGUGGAUGAGUGUGAUGAAAAGCUGCCAUAUCGCUGGGGAAAUCUCUGUCUGACACACACACACGCACACGCACACGCACACACACAC